UUGUCAGCCCUGAAGAUGCUGGAUGUUGGGAAAUGGCCGAUUUUUUCUCUCUGUUCCUCAGAAGAGAUCAAGUUAAUUCGACAAGCCUGUGUCUUUGGUAGUGCUGGUAAUGAAGUGUUGUAUACAACUGAAAAUGAUGAGGUUUUUGUGCUUGGCAUGAACUGCAGUGGCUGUUUGGGAACAGGAGACAUGCAGAGCACUAUAGAACCAAGGAGGUUAGAUUCCCUGUGUGGCAAAAAGAUAGCCUGCCUGAGUUAUGGAAGUGGCCCUCACGUUGUUCUUGCUACAGAAGAAGGAGAAGUGUAUACGUGGGGUCAUAAUGCUUAUAGUCAGCUGGGCAAUGGUACUACAAAUCAUGGUUUUGUUCCCUGUCAAGUCUCUACUAACUUGGUGAACAAGAAAGUCAUUGAAGUUGCCUGUGGCUCUCACCAUUCCAUGGUGUUAACCUCUGAUGGAGAGGUAUACACAUGGGGUUAUAAUAACUCAGGCCAGGUUGGAUCUGGUUCAACAGCAAAUCAACCAAUUCCUCGAAGAGUUACCAGCUGCCUACAAAAUAAAAUAGUCAUUAAUAUAGCUUGUGGACAGAUGUGCUCUAUGGCUGUGGUGGAAAAUGGAGAGGUCUAUGUCUGGGGGUACAAUGGGAAUGGCCAGCUGGGGCUGGGCAGCAGCGGCAACCAGCCCACGCCGUGCCGGAUCGCAGCCCUGCAGGGCAUUCGUGUGCAGCGGGUUGCCUGUGGCUAUGCACAUACAUUAGUGCUAACAGAUGAAGGUCAGAUAUAUGCCUGGGGAGCCAAUUCGUAUGGCCAGUUAGGUACUGGGAAUAAAAGUAACCAGUCUUACCCUACAACAGUUAUUGUGGAUAAGGACAGAGUUAUCGAGAUCGCCGCCUGCCACUCUGCGCACACGUCGGCGGCCAAGACCCAGAGUGGCCAGGUGUACAUGUGGGGCCAGUGCCGGGGCCAGUCUGUGACCUUCCCCCACCUCACCCACUUUGCCUGCACUGACGAUGUGUUCGCCUGCUUCGCCACCCCUGCUGUCAUGUGGCGCCUGCUCUCCGUUGAGCCUGAUGACCAUCUAACAGUAGCCCAGUCACUAAAGAAGGAAUUUGACAACCCUGAAACUGCAGACCUGAAGUUCCUAGUGGAUGGAAAAUAUAUUCAUGUUCAUAAAGUUCUUCUCAAAAUUAGGUGUGAACAUUUUCGCUCCAUACUCAAUAAUGAUGAUGAAAUUAUAGAAAUGAGUGAAUUUUCUUACCCUGUUUACCGGGCCUUCCUGGAAUAUCUGUAUACAGACAACAUUAGGCUCCCUCCUGAAGAUGCAAUAGGGCUGCUAGAUUUGGCAACACUGUAUAGAGAAAACAGACUGAAAAAGCUUUGUCAGCAAACAAUCAAACAAGGCAUUUGUGAAGAGAAUGCCAUUGCUCUUCUUUCUGCUGCUGUCAAGUACGAAGCUCAGGACUUGGAAGAAUUUUGCUUCAGGUUUUGCAUAAACCAUUUGACUGUUGUUACACAAACUCAAGGCUUUGCAGACAUGGACCAUGACCUCCUGAAAAACUUCAUUAGCAAAGCCAGCAGAGUGGGAGCAUUCCGAAAUUGA